CUUUUGUUCUCGGCGUCCGUAGCUAUGGUGGUGGCUUCACCGAACCCGAGUCGAGCCGAAAAGCCGGAGGCCAUAGAGCUUCCGGUGAUAAACCUUUCGGGCGAGAGAACGGAGGUCGCAAAGCUCAUUACGAAAGCGUGCGAGGAGUACGGUUUCUUCAAGGUGAUCAACCAUGGAGUGCCGGAGGAAACCAUCGCGGCAAUGGAAGAAGAAGGUCUCAACUUCUUUAUGAUGCCGGAUGUCGAAAAGCAAAGAGCCGGGCCGGCCGUACCUUAUGGAUAUGGUCGUAAGAACAUCGGUUUCAAUGGCGAUAUUGGUGAAGUUGAAUACCUUCUUCUUCAUACCAAUCCUCUGUCCAUUCCUCAGAGCUCCAUUACCAUCUCCGGUGACCUCCAAAAGUUCUGCUCUGUGGUGAACGUUUACGUACGAGCUGUCCGAGGGCUAGCAUGUGAUCUCUUGGAUCUGAUGGCAGAGGAACUGCGGGUCCAAGAUCAAUCACUGUUCAGCAAGAUGAUCAGGGACAUAGAAAGUGACUCACUUUUCAGGCUCAAUCACUAUCCACCUUCAUCAUUCCAUCACUGCACCACCGGUGCUGUAGGGUUCGGGGAGCAUACCGACCCUCAGAUCUUGACCAUCUUGAGAUCCAACGACGUAGCUGGCCUGCAGAUUCGUGUAGCUGAUGCUGUUUGGGUCCCUGUCCCUCCUGACCCUACUGCCUUUUGUGUCAACGUAGGUGAUGUUUUACAGGCAAUGACCAAUGGGAGAUUCAUGAGCGUGAGGCACAGAGUAUUGACCAACAUCAACAAUCCAAGGAUGUCAAUGGCCUACUUUGGGGCACCACCACUGCAAGCAAGCGUCACUGCCCCUCCAGAACUGGUCACACCCCAUAGCCCUUUGCUGUAUAGGCCCUUCACAUGGGGUGAAUACAAAAAAGCGUCAUAUUCUCUCCAGCUUGGUGACAGCCGCCUUCAACUUUUCAGAAAAUGAACGUCC